GGUCGUCUAGUCGCGUGUGCUCUCGGAAAAUCGCAUUUUCUGUUGUGAAAUUCGAUUGAACGACCCGAAAUAUGGUUGCAAACGGAAAGUGAGACCUACGGUGACACGUUAAUCGGGAUAUAUUGUGGAUGCAUGUGCGAAAUAAGCCCAAAUUCGGUGUUUUUAAUUGAGCAAUACGAAGCCUUGCUGAAAACAGGAGGAGUGGAUUUCUGUUGUGAAGUCCGUCGUCUGCUGGAGCUCUCCUCGAUAGAAGAGCACACGCUGGUGUGAGUGCAGUGUGUGCAUGUGUGCGGAUGUUUUCGAAGCACCGCUCGACGCUCGGUGUAUGUGUUUUCAAUACAUUUGUAUACAACGAACAAACUGGCCGCUCGUCGUCGGCUACGAGGGUUUUCAAUCGUUCAUCGCUCGCCCAUACGAGCAGCAGAAGUUAAGUAAUGGCGGAUGUGUUUAGUGCUUAAUGCUGAGAAAAAAUGACAUUUUCUGAAGGAUUUCGCUAGUGAAACAAGUUUGUGAUGCUAUAGAAUGGAAGAGCAAAGUGCACAGAAUAGGAAUAUACUUAUUCCAGAAUUAUAUUUUUUAAUUUGCAAGUUCCUGGACGAUGGUCCGCUGCGGGAAACGGCCAAGGUAUUGGCCCGUGAAUUGGAGCAUUUAAAUAUUUUACCGCGCCGCCUGGAUUGGACCGGACAGGAGCAUCACCAAUCGUUGCAGGAGUUGGAACGAAAAUAUCCCCACAUUGGCCCGCAGCAUCUGCUGGAACUAUGCUCCCGCAUUGGACCGAUCCUGGACAAGGAGCUGGCACCGGCCGUUCCCGGUGUCCUCUCGCUGCUCGGUGCCGGCCGGCAGAGUGUGCUCCGCACGAAGGAAAGCAUAACCCGGCCGCGCCAGCUGGUCGACUACUGUACGCGCCUGCACCAGAUGCCACUGGCGGAUGCGAUCCAUCGCAACAAUACCCACAACAUCGUGAAGGUGCUGUACGGGCGGGAAAGCGCCGGACCGAUAGUGCGCAGCUUGGCCAUACCUACCUCAUUCUACUCGAAGCAGACGCUGCAGCGGCAGACACUGGGUCAUCUGUCGGCCGUGUACUGCGUGCUGUUCGAUCGAACCGGUAAGUACGUCAUUACCGGGGCCGACGAUCUGCUCGUAAAGCUGUGGAGUGCAAUCGAUGGCAGACUGCUGGCGACCUUCCGGGGGGCGUCGGCCGAAAUUACGGACAUUGCAAUCAAUCUAGACAACACGAUGCUGGCAGCGGGAUCGCUGGAUCGGAUACUACGCGUGUGGGAUCUGCAGUUUGGCGGCCCGAUUGCGGUUCUGUCGGGACACACGGGAAUGAUAACGUCGGUAAACUUUUGUCCUUCGCCGAAGGCGGAUUUACGCUACUUGGUAACGACCAGUACGGACGGAUCGGUAGCAUUUUGGGAGUACAGCACGCGCAGUGGAAAAGCUUCGUUCAACGCAAAGCCCGUCAUGUACCAUGAAAAACUGCGUCCCGGUCAGGCACAGAUGAUCUGUGCCUCGUUCUCGCCGGGAGGUAUUUUCCUCGCAGCCGGCUCGGCGGAUCACCACGUUCGGGUGUAUCUGAUGGGAGAGGAUGGUCCCAAGCGCAUUCUCGAAACUGAAUCCCACUCGGAUACGGUCGACUCGAUUCAGUGGGCCCACAGUGGGUUGAAAUUUAUCUCUGGCAGUAAGGACGGAACGGCGCUGAUUUGGCAUUUUGAGACGCAGCAGUGGAAAUCGACACGGCUGGUAAUGACGGAAAGACUACCGAGCUGUCCGGCACCGUCCCCGGAGGAGAACAGCAAACCGAAGGUUACGAUGGUUUCGUGGGACAACACCGAUGAUUGGGUGAUAACGGCGGUAAAUGAUUUUACCAUUAAGAUUUGGAAUGCUCGCACCGGCAAGCUGCAUAAGGUGUUGCGGGGACAUACGAACGAAAUUUACGUGCUUGAAUCACACCAGAAAGAUUCCGGUGUGCUGCUUUCUGCCGGUCACGAUGGUCAGCUUUUCAUAUGGGACAUUGUACGGGGGGUGUCUCUCGCUAAUUUCCUUAACCACAUCGAAGGUCAGGGCGACGGAGGAAUUUUCGACGCCAAAUGGUCGCCGGAUGGAAACAUGAUCGCUGCGACCGAUUCGCACGGUCACAUCCUGAUGUUCGGCUACGGUUCGGGCCACGAGCGCCUGAAGCAACUGCCCAAGGAGCUGUUCUUCCACACGGACUAUCGGCCACUGAUUCGCGACGCGUCCCAUCACGUGAUGGACGAACAGACUCAAACGAUGCCCCAUCUGAUGCCACCGCCGUUUCUGGUAGACAUCGAUGGCAAUCCCUACCCGCCGGCCAUGCAGCGAUUGGUCCCCGGACGAGAGAGCUGUCCGACGGAUCAGUUGAUUCCAAAUAUUGGAAUCGGAGCGGAACCGGAGGCUGCACAAGAGGGAGCCUAUUCCAACAUUGACCGAAUGAUUGAGGCGUUGGCAAACCGACAAGCACCGGCUGACGACGCUAAUCAAGCCCCCGACUCUAACAACGAUCGAGACAAUCGCAAUCGCAACGGACUGCAGGAAGGUCAGCUGAAUGAUCCGAACCGCCCGAUCGGUCUUUCGCAGCAAGGAUUCCAGCGGUUCAGUGCCGGCAAUUGGCACCGGGACGGAAGCUACAAAUUCCACCGUCGUCAGUACGUGCGUCCCAUGAACCAUUCCAACCUGCAGUAUCUCAAGCAGAAGAUUUACGCGGCUGGACUUCAGGAGCACGAACAGUACCGGCGGGAAAUGAGACGCCGUCCGCUGAUGAUCAACACCUCGAACAACAGCAGCACAAGUGGCGCUCAAUCAAGCAGACGACCGACCGGAGGUCGCAACAGUUCAAACCAGCAAUCGUCCCGUUCUGGUGGUCCCGCGAAUGGGGAAUCGAAUGGACGCACCCAAUCCGCUUACCGAACGCGUGCGGUACGCGAGAAUAUAUCGGAGCCGGAGGCUCCCGAGCAUCCGGAAUCUUCCUCAUCCGAAUCCAGCAACAGCGACGACUCAACCGCAAUCGAAGAAGAACUGGACCUAUCGGCAUCGUCUAGUUCGGAUUCGGAAAGCUCCGACUACUCCGACUGGGUGUCGCACGAACCGGGCCGCAACCUAGAGCCUCCGAAACGAUCGAAACGCAAGCACGUCCAACGGCGAGCCUACUCACCACCGGAAAUCGAACAACAGCCGGGCCCAAGUACCAGCAAUCGACGUCCCAAAAUACGCAAGAUCCCAAUCACGCGUGACGGCGAAAUACCGGAACAGUACCGUCCGCCGGAGUGGCUAAGCGAGGUAAUCCCACGCAAAGCUCCCUACUACCCGCAGAUGGGCGAUGAGGUCGUCUACUUUCGGCAGGGCCAUGCCCGCUAUCUGGAGGCGGUUCGCACGAAGAACGUAUUCAAUCUGGGCAACAAAUGCGAACCUUGGGGCUCGAUCGAGCUGCGCGAUCACGAGUUCUGCAAAGUGAUCGGAAUCAAGUACGAAAUACGGCCGCCACGUUUGUGCUGCCUCAAGCUGGCCAUCAUCAGCGAGGAUUCCGUGCCGAGCGGUCGAUCGUUUGUGAUAAAAUAUCACGAUAUGCCGGACGUGCUGGAUUUCCUGGUACUGAAGCAAACGUUCGACACUUCCGUUCGGCGAAACUGGGGCCCGGGCGAUCGGUUCCGCUGUAUGAUCGAAGACGUUUGGUGGCUCGGUCAAAUCGAAUCUCACAACCAGCUGUCGGCGGAGUUUCCCGAUUCGUUGUUUAUGUGCUUUCGCGUUCGGUGGGACAACGGCGAGUACGAGUUUAUGAGCCCGUGGGAUUUGGAACCGGUCGACGAGAACAGGCUGCCGGCUGAGGUUGGUGGUGCGGUUCCGGUGCUGCCAGAGGAGCUGCGUGCGACGUUGUAUCAACCGAAGGCGGAAGAAUGGCCGCGCGGUGAUCGGGAUGCGUCCUGUCGGCGCAUUAUCGCUGGAAUGGAACAGGUUAUGGGAUUGGCCAUUGCGGACCUGUUCCUCGCACCGGUGGAUCUCAAUAUUUACCCGGAGUAUGCAUUUGUGGUGGAAUAUCCAAUCGAUUUGAACACGAUCAAGGCGCGGUUCGAGAACCAUUUCUACCGGCGUAUAACUUCGGCGCAGUUCGACGUUCGCUAUCUGGCUACCAAUGCGGAGAAGUUUAACGAAAGCCACAGCAACAUCGUGAAGCAUGCGCGUAUAAUCACCGAUCUGUGUUUGAGAAUACUGGGUGAUUUGAACAACGUGGAUGUCCCCGCAGUUUACCACCAGCUUGUAGACACGUACAUUUCGUCCGAUUCGGAUAGUGAUGCUGGAAACCAGCCGGGACCGUCCACCAGUAACAGUACUAGCAACAGACGGCCUCCAGCCGGAUCUAGAAGAUCUCGUCGAUUAGUUCCCGAAGGCGACUGGCGUGUUGAUUGCCUGGAACUGCUGGAGCUGAUUUGGCAGUGCGACGAUUCGGAACCGUUUCGUGAGCCAGUUGAUACACUACAACAUCCAGACUAUCUGCAAAUCGUCGACACACCGAUGGAUCUUCGCACGAUCAAGGAAGACCUCCUGGGAGGAAACUACGAGGCGCCGUUAGAUUUCUGCAAAGACAUGAAACUGAUAUUCCAGAAUUCGCGAAACUACAACACUAACAAGCGAUCAAGGAUUUACUCGAUGACCCUGAGGCUAAGUACAUUAUUUGAGGCUCACAUGAAACCGAUUAUUUACGUGUGGAAGUCGGCUCGAAGGCGCGGCAAAGCGAACGCUGCCAAGCGAAAAACUGCUGGUGGAGGAGGCGGAGGAGGAGGAGCAGGCGGUGGAGCAGGGCCUAGCGGGUCGGGAGCGGCGAAAAAUCGCCGAACGGCAGACGAUCGGAGCAGUCGCGGUGGCGGAGGAACCAGUGGUGGUGGUGCGUCGAAUCGUCGCUCCAAUCAGAGUCAUAAUACAACCGGAUCUUCGUCGAGAACGCAUCGUUCCGACGAUGACGAUGAUGAUAACGGGGACGAUCACACCGGAGGUGGAGGAGAAGGUCCAAGAAAGAGGCCUACACGGAAUGGAACAGCUGCUGCUGCUGCAGCAGCAGCAUUGUCCUCUAGCACUAGACGAGGACAAACCAGCGGCUCGAAUGGGGUAUCGUCCAGCAGUAAUAAUGCAAGUAGUGCUGCGAAUUUGGCCCAGCCAGGGCCCAGUCGAAGUCGGGCAGCGGUUGGGACGUCGGCAGGAUCUGCAAGUACGACUCGAGUUACGAGAAGAUCUCAGGAGACAGAGGAAGACCGCACGGUGAGCACCGAGGAAACCGAAAGCUCCAGCGAGUCGAGUGAUAGUGACAGUGAUGACAGCACUGGAGUACCGGUGUCGUACCGAAGGAACUAUGAUUCCGGCGAUAUUUACGAUCCGUACAAGAGUAAACGAAGAAGGAAGCCAAAGCCGAAGAAGGACAAGAGAAAUCCCAGUAAAAGUGUCGUCAGCAGUUCGACGACUAAAAAGAAACCGUCAGCUGCCGCUAGUGGAUCCCGUUCGGAAGGAGGGAUGUCAACAAGCCGGCACCAGUCAGCGUUGCGGUCGAGAAACGCUAACUCAAAUGCUGCCGGAAUAUCCGGCUCCAGCAGACUGCUGGAGCGUGUAGUUGAUAUGCGUGAUGAGCGCGAGGAACGUAGGAGAGAGCAAGAAAGUGAUAAGCCAAAGAAUACCAGCACCUCCUCCACCACCACCACCAGUCCGGCUAACAGCAGUGGACGAACACUGCGAAGCGCUCGAAACAAUACCGGAAGCGACAGUGACGAGGAUGAUGCCGGAGAAGGACCUAGCAGUGGACGAAGGCCUCUAAAACGGCCCCAACGCUACGAGUCGGAUCACAGUUAUCACAUGGAACGACCGAAAGCUGCACGCAUAGUUUCCGACUCCGAACACGAAGAAUUUCCGCGAUCAACGCGAGGCAGCACCCGUCGGGCACAAGCCGAGUGGGGCAAGAGUGAAGACAGUUUAGACGUUCAGGACAAUGACGACGAGCAACCGUCGAACUCGCAGCAACCACCUGCCCGAAAGCGGCUGCGUACUCGGAUAUCCGACCCGGAACACAGCCAGGAAGAGGUGACCAACAUCAUCAGCAAGCGUGUUCCGUCACAGCGAACCGCGGCCAACCGAACCGCUCGCAGCAACCAAUGGCGAGCCAGUGAAAGUGACAACGACCCGCACGGUCAGCUACAAUCUCCCGAACAACCGAGUACGAGCUCUGCCGGGUCUUCUCGUUUGCGCUCGCUUAACCGCUCGAACGGUGGAGCUUCCCCCGCUAAGUCUCCUCGAAAACCCGAAAGCCGAGCAGCCACCAGUCGAAGAACGCGAAACGUCUCCCGCAGUGAACCCUCGGUAACACCACCUCCGCAUACGGUCGAUCACAAUUAUGGUGAGCCAUCGUCACGGAGAACGCGCAAUCGGCACCAACUGUCGCGGCAUCAGCGAAACGCAGAUGAGCUGGAUCAAACGCCCGAUGACCACACGGAGGAGGCCAGUGACGACGACGUUCCGCUGAGGCCUCGAUCGGGUCAAAUCAGCUCUCGACUACGCAGCAAAACCAACUCACCGGCCAAACGAAAAAAGUCCAAAGCUGCUGCCGCCAGCUCGGAUGACGAGCAGGCACAAGAGGAGGACUCCGACGAAGAGUUUGUCGGUGAUCCGGACUCGGACGAAGAGGAGGAGGAAGAGGAGGAAGAAGAAGCCUCGGCGGCCGCCAGUACCGAUGACGACUCGGAUGACAACACACCGCUGCACAUCGUUUCGUCGCAGCAGUCGCGCGGAAGCCGCUCGCGAACGGCCAGCAGAAGGAACCCAGAGAAACCGCCACGGGUUAGCAGCCAAAACGUUAGCAGUCGCACUCGGAAUAGAGAGCACUAUUCUUCCGAGGAUGAGUACGGGGGUCCCGGUCCAUCAUCGCUGCGCAGCAGCAGGAACGUGAAACGACCGCGCUACAACGAGGAAAGUGAAGACGACGAUCCCGUCACUCGGCAACGGCCCCGGCGAUACCCGAUGUUCGGCAGUCCACCGAGCAGUCACCAUACUAACCACGGGCCGUCGUCAUCUUCGACGGUGCACCGAACGAACGGAGAUGGAGUGGCUGCUGCUGCUGCUGCAAGCAGCGGUGACGCAAGCGACGGCAACAGCGACGACAACGAAGCGCUCACCAGUGUUAGCAGUCGCGGCCGGGUGCGCCGGAUCAAUCCGAAGGCACGCAAAAUUUUCCGGGAAUAGUAUCCCGGACGGGUUCGCCCAUUUUUGUACAGUACCCCCAUAGCAGUAGCAGUCCCUGUAAUAUAAUCCCCGUUUCCUAGCUGUAAAUGCCAGAAUCCCGUUGUUAGAUGUUAAUUCGUACGUUACUGCAGAAGCGAACUUCGUCUGAACCGUGUGCUCCGAUACUGCCACUUUUUUCAAAGCUUUUGUUUUUUUCGUUUAAAAGUUGUUUCCUUUUUUUUUACAAAUCAUUGCUUGUGUGUGCACACCUGCACCACUUCUGAAUUCGAUUAAUCAUCAAUGCCGGGAACUGCAUUCGAAGAAAGUUUACGACUUCCGUAGAACAAUCGAAACAAACGGUCAUUUAAUGCCUGCUACAGAACGAAAGAUCCGACAGUGCGCCCUGGUUUCGUCGUAAAAAAAAGCAAAAACAAAAAUCGGUUAUAGACAAAAAAAGACUGAUCGAAUAUUGCGUGCAUUUGGGUUUUCGAGCAUUCUUUUUACCACCUCACAAGUCACAACGACGAAUCAGUAAAACAUAAGCUGGUGUACUGUGUAAGAAUGUUUGCCUGAAGCGGUCUGUGCUGCGCGGUCGAUCUAGUAGAGGCGGCUCGUCGAGUUACACAAAUAACUCUUACAAUUUACUUUCAUAGUUGCGCUAGGUUUGCUGCAUAUGCGGAAUACAACAAAACAGAAAACAAAAACACACAUCGUGAUUCAUUACUACCAGAGAGAGAUAAGGCGAAACAAAAACACAGAUUUAAAAAUCGCUAUCGUUUAAGCUUAGUAUAAGCAGUCCGAGUGCGAGAGAAGUUAGAUUAAUA